CAACCGGAAUCGAUCGUCUGUCUGCUAGGGGUGGCAUUCUCCACAAACACAGUAGGUCUACGUCGUCGUCGAUCGGCUGUUCGCAAAUUUUCGGAGCCCAUAGUUGAAUAUCUUUACUACUGAAAGAUGUCUCAGCCAUAUUUUAGCAAUCAACCAACUGGAAAGUACUAUCCACAACCUCAAGACCCGCCUUACUACCCAGCACAGGGAGGACAGGGAUAUUAUCCACAAGGACCUUACCCUCAAGGACCAUACCCACCACAAGGCGACAGAGUCUACUAUGAUGAAGUCCGUCAAGACAACUGGUGGUUGACUUCACUGUUGGCACUCUGCUGCGGAUGCUUCCUUGGUGAAGCUUGUUGUGAUCAGCCAUGCUUGUGUUGUGUAUUACCUUGUCCUACUGUACGUUUCUAAACCCAAACGAAUAAGCCAGCUUUUCAAAAAUCUCAACUGUCUUCCAUUUUGCGCGCAUAGCUCAAGCUGUGUUUACCUCAACUUUGUACAUAUGUAUGUAUCUACAAUGAUAAGC